CGUUGGCUCCAUGCUUCCACGUCAAGCUGCAAAUUCCAUCACGCACUCUACUGCACCAUCAAACUCCCUCCAACAACCACCUCUAUCAAAACCACAGAAAAUAUUUAUCCAGUUAUUAUUUUACGUAAGAACCCAGCAAUCAAAAUCCCAAAAAUAAGUAAACAAAUCCAAAAAUUCACAUUAUCAUAUUUCAUAUCCGUUCGUCGACAUCAUCGCACAACACAAAGAAAAGGCUCAAGGUUUGUCUGGGUUAAAUCCGACUGGGGAUGAUAAAAAGGGUUAAUUGUGCCUUAUGCUUGUAUCUGGGCAAUUUCCUGUAGUGAUUAUGAUAUAAAAUGCAAUUUUUCACGGGGCAUGCUGCCAUUAACGGUAUGGGAUAUUCUUUUAGCAAAUUGGAGAUAGAUUCCGGACUUCUUGAUGGUUCGAGUUCUAAUAAUGAAGUUAAGGGUAGUUCUCAGUCCAAAAGUCCAUCGGGUUGUUUGGGUCAUGAAAUUGCUCAGCUCACAAAGCUUAGAUCAGGACCCCAUGAGAAUUUGAGCCGAGUCCUGCCAGGGAAGCGUGAGCUUCCUGUUUCAACCAUGAAAAUGUUGGCAGGUCGAGAAGCAAAUUUUUCGGGAAGAGGGAGGUUCUCAUCAGGAGAUUGUUGUCACAUUCUCAGUAAGUACUUGCCAGUUAACGGUCCUUGGGUUGUGGACCAGAUGUCAACUAGGGCUUACGUGUCGCAGUUCUCUGCUGAUGGUUCACUUUUUGUUGCUGCAUUCCAGGGAAGCCACAUCAGAAUAUAUGAUGUGGAUAGGGGGUGGAAAGUUCAGAAGAACAUUCUUGCCAGAAGCUUGAGAUGGACAGUUACUGACACGUCUCUUUCACCAAAUCAACAAUAUCUUGUCUAUGCUACCAUGUCACCUAUUGUUAAUGUUGUUAAUGUUGGAUCUACUACAACAGAAUCUCUUGCAAACAUCACAGAAAUCCAUGAUGGUUUGGAUUUCUCUGCUGCCGACGAUGGGGGGUAUUCUUUUGGAAUCUUCUCCUUGAAAUUCUCAACUGAUGGUCGAGAAAUUGUAGCUGGAAGUAGUGAUGAUUCCCUGUAUGUUUAUGAUCUUGAAGCAAAUAAACUCUCUCUCCGGAUUCAAGCGCACACGUCUGAUGUCAACACGGUAUGUUUUGCCGAUGAAGGUGGUCAUCUUAUUUAUUCUGGUAGCGACGACAAUUUCUGCAAGGUUUGGGACAGACGCUGCUUCAAAGUCAAAGGCAAGCCAGCAGGGGUCCUAAUGGGCCACCUCGAGGGUGUUACAUUUCUUGAUAGUCGUGGAGAUGGUCGUUAUUUUAUUUCCAAUGGUAAAGAUCAGGUGAUCAAACUCUGGGAUAUAAGGAAAAUGUCAUCCAAUACUAAUUGCUAUCAAGGAUACAGGAAUUAUGAAUGGGAUUACAGAUGGAUGGACUAUCCUCCUCAGGCAAGAACCUGGAAGCACCCAUAUGAUCAAUCAAUAGCUACUUAUAAAGGUCAUUCAGUCUUGCGUACUCUCAUCCGGUGCUACUUCUCCCCAGAGUACAGCACUGGCCAGAAGUACAUCUACACUGGAUCUCAUGAUUCAUGCAUCUAUAUUUAUGAUUUGGUAACUGGGGCCCAAGUUGCGAAGCUACAGCACCAUAAAUCAACCGUCAGAGAUUGCAGUUGGCACCCAACGUAUCCGAUGCUCGUUAGCUCUUCUUGGGAUGGGGACGUUGUCAAAUGGGAAUUCCCUGGUAACAACGAGGCACCAUCCCCUACAAACAAGAAGAAACACCGGAGGAGACAUUUUUAUUAAAGACUGCAUAUACUGCCCGUAAGUUGUUCAAAUGAUGGGCUAAUGUUAUCAUGUACUACAAGCAAUUUGCAUAAUUAUUCGCAGUGAGAUAUUGUUUGCAAAUUUGCUUUAUAUCUCGUGAUAUUGUGAAAUAAAAUGUGUACCAUGUACGGUUUAUACAUUGUAUAUAUUCCCGAAGAAUGGUACUCAAUGCAUGGUGCUAACACUGUUAUGUCUUGGUUUACCAUAGCAAAUAUGUCUGUUUCAUGGUUAUUUUCGGUGAAAUAAAGUAUUCAUUUUGAUA